CAGAUUAACUCUGAAGAGCAUGUUGAUACAGCUGAUCAGGAGACAGUCUCUUGGGAUCGCACUAUUCCUGAAGACAUAAAACAAAAAAUACAGCCCAAAGAGGUUCCAGCAGAAAGUGUUACUGUCUGGAUCGAUCCGUUAGAUGCUACACAAGAAUACACAGAGAAUCUUCGACAGUAUGUCACGACAAUGGUUUGUGUGGCUGUAAAUGGUAAACCAGUAAUAGGAGUAAUCCACAAGCCCUUCUCAGCAUAUACAGCCUGGGCAAUGGUGGAUGGUGGGUCAAACGUCAAAGCUCGUUCCUCCUACAAUGAGAAAACUCCAAGGAUUAUUGUAUCCCGCUCCCAUGCAGGAAAAGUUGAGCAGGUUGCACGGCAGACAUUUGGAAAUAAGACUGUGAUAAUUCCCGCUGGUGGAGCAGGUUAUAAAGUGUUGGCUCUCCUUGACGUGGCUGAAGAGAAUCAAGAAGAAGCUGACGUGUAUAUACAUGUAACCUACAUUAAGAAGUGGGACAUAUGUGCUGGAAAUGCAGUGUUGAGAGCAUUGGGUGGUCAUAUGACUACCCUGACUGGUGAAGAAAUUAGUUACACUGGCUCAGAUGGCAAUGAGGGUGGACUUAUAGCCAGUAUCAACAUGAACCAUAAAGCACUAAUUGAAAAACUUCCAGAUCUGGAAAAAAGAUCACACAAACUUGACUGAUGGAGAAGUACAGGUCAUGCUUUUGUAGCCUCCAGAAGCUCUGCCUGAAGAAGCAGGUGUGAAAACCUGGUGGGAAAGAUGCACGGCAAAGCAGUUUGGUGUGGGUUUGGGGAAUAUACUGUGCAUUGGGUUUCUUCAGUGGUGGGAUUUUAAAAAAGGAAUAAAAUAAUAAUAAUCACAAGUAGGAAGGUGACUGAUGGCCUCACA